AUGACCUCCAAAAGACGUGGGGCAGCCGCCCAAGUUUCCCCCGAGGUGAAGUUGCGCAGUCAGAAGCGUCGCAAAGUGUCUGACGAAGACCUCGAGGACAUUGAAGAGUCCAACCGCGACUCCUCCGAACCAGUCGAUGAGCCCGAUGCGGAUGAGAGUUCUGAAUCAGAAGAUGAGGCCGAGCCAGAGACGGAAUUCGAGGGCGACAGUAUGCAAACCGCGCAGGACAAGAUUUUGACCGAACUCUUUCGACUCAAAGAUGAGGAUGGGGAGGAGGUAGCUUACCCGUUUGUUGGAAAACCGGACCGCGCCCUUUAUCGGGACUACUAUGAAAUUAUUCAGUAUCCAGUCUCGUUGAGAAGUAUUCAAAAAAAGGUCCGUGGGACAGAUGGUCGAAAGAAAGGAACUGGAAUGACCGCCUUUCCGACAUGGCAAUCAUUCGCAGAUGAGGUCAGCUACUUGUGGCGAAAUGCACGAGAGUACAAUGAAGAUGGCAGCGAGAUUGCCGCUCUGGCGGGUGUGAUGGAGGAAUAUUUCGAUCAACGUGUGGCAGAAGUCAGGAGGAUCGUCCCGGAUCCAAUUCAGGUAGAUGGCCACCCCGAAUUACCUCGCAUAAGAUUAAAAGUCGGCAAAAAUCAAUCCGAAUCGGGACCGCAAAGAUUAACGUUGAAGAUGGCUGGACAGACUUUCGAACCUCCAAAGGAUAACAAAACUCCAUCUGGGGUCACUGUGGAUAACGAUUCCCUCAAACGACAACAAGAGCUAAUUCGUACCGAAUCGAUGAGCCAGGAGGCUGAUACGCAUCAUUUGACACCCCGAACGAGGUCUCUGCGCGGGCAAAAAAUUGGAAGCCCUAAAUCAAGUACCGGAACCACUCCAUCAACUACUGAACAAUCCCAUGGUGCGACCGGUGUACGAGAUGCAUCUGGCGGUAUUAAAUCCGAGACCCCAUUGACCUCAUCUCAGCGGUUUGACAUGCGUGGUCCAUCGCAUGGCCCGAGUGGUGUUCCUUCGGACUCUGCUGGUGGCCUGUUUCCCCAUGAUAAUUUGAUCUUUAAUGCUAAUAUUUUACGAUUGCAAUUAGCUCAUAUGCAACCACCAGUAGAGAAAUCACCCAUUGAUUCAAUCUGGAGACGAGCGGGCCAAGAUGCCACCUCUGCUCUAAUCCGCAACGUGCAGAUCGCCACACAUUCCUCAUUGUCAUUGAAAGAUGGAUUUUACUUGAAUAUCCCACCUUCAUCGAAACUUUCUCAGCAAACAAUUGCCAUUCCUUUACCUUCUUCACAUACUUUGUUGACAGUCAAACCCACAUUAAUUCUCGGAAGUGUGCAACGACAAGUUAAAAUGAUUGCUCAUAUGGGCAUGCAACACCUUCACCCAACAGGAGAAGCAUUGACGCCGGCGUAUGAUAUUCAGCUUCACCCAGGAAUAACUCGAGUCGAUUUUGAGGCAAUUGCUGGACCUGCCAGGGGAGCUCCGAAGUCUGGUCCACCUGGAUCAGAAGUUGACUAUGAGCGAGUCACCAUCUUUUUCAAUUUGCUGCGAUGA